CCAUCUCAUCUCAUGUCAUCUUGGUCAACGCCAUACCUUUCUCUUCCGUAAUCUUUUAAACCUUCUCAACUCUCAACUCUCAACUCUCAACUCUCAACUUACCUUCUCUCUUCUCUCUCUGUCUUACAACGCAACGCAAUUAAACCAUAUUCAUCAUCAUGGAUAACAAAACCACUGAACCAACCGAUUCUUCUACUCCUCUUCUCCCCACAAGUUACGCUGCCAAUGAUGCCGUUGACUUUCUCCAUAACGGACCUUCUUCCCCACCAACUACUCUUAUACUCACCACCCUCGUCGCUGUCUUUGGUUCUUACGUUUUUGGCUCUGCUAUUGGAUAUUCAUCACCUACUCAAUCUGGAAUCAUGCGUGACCUCGAUCUAGGAGUGGCCCAGUACUCAAUUUUUGGUUCCAUUUUGACGAUUGGAGCCAUGAUUGGUGCCGUUGCGAGUGGUAGAAUAGCAGAUUACGCAGGUCGUCGAGUUGCUAUGGGAUUCUCCCAGGUUUUCUGCAUCUUGGGAUGGUUUGCCAUAACAUUCUCAAAGGUAGCUAUGUGGCUUUAUGUUGGAAGGUUGUUGAUAGGAUGUGGGAUUGGCCUUCUAUCUUAUGUGGUACCCAUUUAUGUAGCUGAAAUAACACCCAAGAAUCUUCGAGGGGCAUUCACUGCAGUUCAUCAGUUAAUGAUUUGUAUUGGGAUGUCAUUAACUUAUCUUAUUGGAGCAUAUGUAAAUUGGCGGAUCUUGGCUCUAAUUGGAACUAUUCCGUGUCUUGUGCAGCUUCUGAGUCUUCCCUUCAUUCCAGAUUCUCCUAGGUGGCUGGCUAAGGUCGGUCGCUUGAAAGAGAGCGAUUCUGUUUUACAGCGUCUCAGGGGGAAGGAUGCUGAUGUUUAUCAAGAGGCCACUGAAAUCAGAGAUUAUACAGCAGCCUUUCAGCGGCAAACAGAAGCUAGCAUCAUUGGCUUAUUUCAAAUGCAGUAUUUGAAGUCACUUAUUGUUGGAGUCGGCUUGAUGAUAUUGCAACAAUUUGGAGGGAUUAAUGGCAUUGUUUUUUAUGCCAACUCUAUAUUUAUCUCAGCUGGGUUUUCAGAAAGUAUUGGAACAAUAGCAAUGGUUGCCGUUAAGAUUCCAAUGACAACUUUAGGAGUGCUUUUAAUGGAUAAAUCCGGAAGACGGCCACUUUUGCUGGUGUCUGCAGUGGGAACAUGCUUAGGAUGCUUCCUGGCAGCCUUGUCAUUCGUUUUGCAGGACCUACAUAAAUGGAAGGGAGUUAGUCCCAUUAUGGCGCUAGUGGGUGUACUGGUAUACGUGGGAUCUUACUCGAUAGGCAUUGGAGCAAUUCCAUGGGUUAUAAUGUCUGAGAUAUUUCCCAUUAACGUGAAGGGCUCUGCUGGAAGUCUUGUGACUUUGGUUAGCUGGUUGUGUUCUUGGAUUGUGUCAUAUGCUUUUAACUUCCUCAUGAGUUGGAGUUCAGCAGGAACUUUCUUCAUGUUCUCUAGCAUAUGUGGCUUCACUGUGCUAUUCGUAGCAAAACUAGUACCAGAAACCAAGGGGCGUACACUAGAAGAAAUUCAAGCUUCUUUGAAUUCAUAUUCUUCAAAGAGAUGAAUUCAAUUCAUAAUAAACCCAGUAAGAAUCUUUCAAAAUGUCAGAUUGGCCAAGGUUCCGUGAAACAAGUUUGUUCAUUGAAAAAAAAAAAAAAAAAGGCUAUGCAUACGCUAGUCUAAAUGAAGAAAAUUACAUUCAGUAGGCAUCACAAUAAUUUUAGUGAUAGUCUUGUGAUGUACAAUUAGAAUUAAUUGUUUAUACUAUAGAUGCUUCGUAUGAAAAUUCUUUUAAUAUUUUUUGAGACUGUCAUAUGUAGAGAUGAAUUGAUGAAAAAUUGAUUUUAAACUCAAUAUCACAGCCAUGGGGUAUAUGUUUCACUCCGUAGUUGAAAUUGCAAGUUAA